AUGCCGGUACGUUUGGAUGAUAUUUUGGCUCUUUUGUGCCAUGUAUCUGAACAACAAAAGAUGAAGGCUGCGGUGAAGCACUCUGCCAAAGGAGCUCUAGCGGCGGGGGCAUGCGCCUUUGUUGGUGGACUGAUGGGUGGUCCAGUAGGAAUAGCUGCAGGUAAUAUUGCCUUAGACCUGAAACUCGCUAUUGGCCUGUCCAGGUAACAACACAGGAAUUUCUGUUCUUCGAGAAAUUCGGUGCCCCUUGAAGAGCCUGGUAGUGGCGAAACGUGUGUCGGGACUUCUGUUAUGAGUAUGACAGUUAGGAUAUGAGGGAUGAUAUUGGUUUUACUUCGUCUAACCAUUCAAUUGUUGGUUAUUUUGUUUACACAAACUUCUAGCUUCAGUUAAGUGGGAGUGGGGUGCUCUUGAAGGCACAGAUUAGGGCUUCUUUCUGUUAUAUAUUUACAUACAUUUUGUAAAAUAAAUAGGUUAAUCCAGCCUCUAAAGCCUCUAGUGGCUGUCUCAUUGACAGCCGCUAGAGGCGUUUGCGUGCUUCUCACUGUGAAAAUCACAGUGAGACGACGCAAGUGCUUAUGAUAGUGGCUGAAUGCGCAUGCAGCUCCUGCCGCGCAUUCAGCAGGAGAGGAGGAGGAGAGCUCCCUGCCCGGCGCUGGAGAAAGAGGUAAGUUUAACCCCUUCCUCUCCCCAGAGCCCGGCGGGAGGGGGACCCAGGCACCCAGACCACUUCAGCUUAAUGAGGUGGUCUGGGUGCCUGGUCCAUCUAGGGUUAACCCUUUUUUCUAUAAACAUAGCAGUUUCAGGGAAACUGCUAUGUUUAUGUUACGGUUAAUCCAGCCUCUAGUGGCUGUCUCAUUGAGGGCUUUCGUGUUUCUCACGGUGAAAAUCACAGUGAGAAGACGCCAGCGUCCAUAGGAAAGCAUUGUGAAUUCAGCCGAAGAGGAGAAGGAGAGCGCCCUGCCCGGUGCUGGAGAAAGAGGUAAGUUUAACCCGUUCUCCAUUCACCCUGGCGGGAGGGGGACCCUAAGGGUGGGGGCACCCUCAGGGCACUAUAGUGCCAGGAAAACGAGUGUUUUCCUGGCACUCUAGUGGUCCUUUAAGCAGUGAAACGUCAGAGACUUGAUCUAUACACCAAAACUGCUUCAUUAGGAUAAAAUUAGUUUUUUUGCUAAAAGUAUCCCGUUGAGUUGGUGGUACAGUGCUUACCCAAGGCUGUAAAGAGAGAUGUUGGAUAGAUCGGCCAAGAUCGCAAAGAAGUAAGAAAACGUUCUCCUUUGUCAUCACUAAUCUAGAGGACAAGCUUGUAGGUGCACGCAGAAAAAAAAAACAAAACACAAAAGGAGACUACUUGCCUCUGAAUACCUCAGGGCAGUGGCGUACAUACCAGGGUCGCAGGGGUCGCGGCUGCGACCGGGCCCGGCCGCUCCUGCGACCCGGUAUGUACGCCUAGGGCCAGCCUCUUCCCCUUGGGGGGCCCAGGAGCCGACCACCCCAGGGCCCCCCGAGGCUGGCCCUGUUGACCCCAGGUGGCCGGUCAGGCAGGCGGGCGCGCGAGGGAGCACUCAGUGCUUCCUCUUCAGCUCCCUCGCGCACCGCACUGAUACCGGAGCCGGAAGAUGACGUCAUCUUCCGGCGCCGGCAUCCCUACGCGGCGCGCGAGGGAGCUGAAGAGGAAGCACUGAGUGCUCCCUCGCGCGCCCGCCUGCCCGACCGGCCAGGAGCCCAGCAGCACCACUGGACCCCAGGGAAUAAUCCCCCCAGCACUCCAAAAGGUAAGGAGGCUGGGGGGAUUAUAUUAAAAAAAAAACUAGUGUGUGUGUGUGUGUGUGUUAGUGUGAGUGAGUGUUAGAGUGAGUGUUAGAGUGAGUGUUAGAGUGAGUGUUAGAGUGAGUGUUAGAGUGAGUGUUAGAGUGAGUGUUAGUGUGUGUGAGUGUUAGUGUGUGUCUGCUCGUGAGUGUUAGUGUGAGUGUUAGUGUGAGUGAGUGUUAGUGUGUGUGAGUGUUAGAGUGAGUGUUAGUGUGUGUGUGUGUUAGAGUGAGUGUUAGUGUGUCUGCUAGUGAGUGUGAGUGUUAGAGUGAAUGUGAGUGUUAGUGUGUGUCUGCUAGUGAGUGUGUUACUGUGUGUCUUACUGAGUGUGUGUGUUAGUGAGUCUGUUUGAUGUCUGUUAGUGAGUGUGUGUUUGUCAAUGAGAGUGUAUGUUUUGUAAGUGUGUAUGUAUGUCUGUCGCUGACUGUGUCUCUGUCAGUAAGUGUGUAUGUAAGUGUGUGUGUGUGUCUUCAGCACUUACCUUUCUCCAGCGCCGGACUCCCUUGGCGCUGAGGAUCCCUCAGCCUCUCAGCUCCGAAUGCGACCGCGCACGCAUUCAAACCGCCCAUAGGAAAGCAUUACUCAAUGCUUUCCUAUGGAUGUUCAGUGUGCUCCUCUAGCUGCUGUCAGUGAGACAGCCACUAGAGGCUGGAUUAACCCUCAGUGAAACAUAGCAGUUUCUCUGAAACUGCUAUGUUUUCAGCUGCAGGGUUAAAACUAGAGGGACCCGACACCCAGACAACUUCAUUGAGCUGAUGUGAUCUGGGUGUCUGUAGUGGUCCUUUAAAGGACCACUAUAGUGCCAGGAAAACAUACUCGUUUUCCUGGCACUAUAGUGCCCUGAGGGUCCCCCUACCGCCCGGCUCUGGAAAGGGGAAAAGGGGUAAAACUUACCUUUUUCCAGUGCUGGGCGGAGAGCUCUCCUCCUCCGAUCCUCCUCUUCUCCUCCCCGUCGGCUGUAUGCACACGCGCGGCAAGAGCUUCGCGCGCAUUCAGCCGGUCACAUAGGAAAGCAUUCAUAAUGCUUUCCUAUGGACGCUGGAUUGCUCUCACUGUGAAAAUUACAGUGAGAAGCACGCAAGCGCCUCUAGCGGCUGUCAAUGAGACAGCCGCUAGAGGAAAUAGGGGAAGGCUUAACCCAUUGAAAAAAUGGGUUAACCCUAGCUGGACCUGGCACCCAGACCACUUCAUUAAGCUGAAGUGGUCUGGGUGCCUAGAGUGGUCCUUUAAGUGUGUGUGCAUCUGCAAGCACUGGCAUACAUACCGCGGUCGCAGGAGUCGCAGCCCUGUAACCCCUGCGACCAGGUGCCCACCGGGGCCCCAUGGGUCAUGUGUACGCCACUGCCUCAGGGAGUUGGUGCCAUUUCUCAGCCAAUCCUGGUUCAAACGUUGUUUUCAAUGGGAGCAGUGUAGAUUCCACAUAAACGCAUACAAUGCAGGGUUCUUGAAGGGAUUGAAGGUACAGCUUACGAUUUAUAGGAAAGAUGCAGCUAUUUCUAUUUUGUUAUUGGUAGCGGACAUUGGUGUAGCUUCCAAAAGCAAAUGAUUCAUUGCACCACACUUUAUCUGAUCCAUUCUUUGACCUUCGGUUUAUGGACCAUUGUUAAAAUGUUAGUAAUGUGUCCAAUGCAACUCUUAUAUGUACUGUAACCAUGUCUGCUGUGGUCCAAAGAGCAAAACCUUUUGCUAGCUUUCGAAGAUAUAUUAACUAGUAAAGUCAAAAUGCAUUGCCAUAAAAAAAAGUUGUUUUUUUUUCUUCCUUUUUUCCACUUAUUUUAAUGCCCUUUCAUUUGCCUUUAUUAUGUUUUCUUCCUUGACUGGUGGAUUGUGGGUAAUUUCGAUUAGCAAAUGAGACUGAAGCUUUCUAAACCUCCACCCAUUGCCAAAGAUCACACUUCCUGUAAUAAGAUUUACCCGGAUGUGUUUUCUUAUUUAUUAACUCACCCUAGUUUUAUUAUACAUAAAUAUCAAAGGGACAAAAAAAACAAAGUAUUUCUUUUAAAAAAAAAAACAAAACAAAAAAAACAGUUGGAAUUUCAUAAACCACAAGGACACCUGCUAAAAAUACUUUUGUCUUGAAACUCUCUGUAGCCCCUGUACCAUCAUUCUCAAUUGUCAAACCAUGUUGAUUGCUUCAUCCAUGAGUCCAGUGCAUAUUGUCUGUCAGUAUUUGCCCUUGAUCCCAGUGCAUGGAAGUGGUAUCACGAAUAUUUUGGGUGGUGUGUCCGUAUGUCUCUCUGUGAUAUUGUCAAGCAUCAAAGGGGGUUUCUCGGUGGAGAGUUUAACUAAAGAGUAUGUGUGAACAGUGAAUAGCCAAACUUCGACCAUAACCAUACGUAGGAUUUAUUUUUCACCAAUCACUCGUUUUGUACUAAACUGUGAAAUUCAGUUUUCAAUUCUCUGUUUUAAUCCAUGGAAUAGAAAGAAAUGUUGAUGCUAUCAUUUUAUUCACCAUGAAUUGUUUGUCAUUUACCAAGAACAAGAGCAGCUAGAGUUAGAAAUAUAGUUGACGAGGGAGAAUUUUACAAUUAAUGUUAUUUAUUUUUUGUUUGUUUUUGUUGCUAUUUUGGGCCUGGAAUUUGUCAUUCCUAGUAAACAGUUAUUGAUUGAUCCUGGACGGCCAAUUCUUUACAUUUAGGCUGGUUUUAGCCUGAGUUUUGCAAUUCAGAAUCCCAUUCUCCACAAUUCACUGUUUUUAGUGUUUACUAAAUCAACUCUGUAGAAUACUUUUCUUUUUUUUUCAGCGUCGCUACAUUGUCCUACAGUUUAAUUACCUUGUCAUUUCUGGACAACUAGCUUAGGCCUCUAUUUAAUAUUGCUAAAUAAGCUUUCUACAUGAUGUCAUAUUUCAUGCGUAAACUUUUAAUCAUUUAAUAUCUAAAGUAAAAAAAAAUUGUAAUUUGAUUAUUUUUUUUUAGGAUGUUAAAAAAAAAAAAAAAAAAAACUUUAGCAGUUUAUCCAUUUGAAAAGCUUAUAAAACGUAUGAAAUCGAGGACUAUGUGGAUGAAUCCCACUGUUCUAUAUAUAAAAAAAAAAAAAUUGAGUUUGUACUCCAGCUGCUGUCAUUGAGAUUGGUUUAUAAAAUACUGAUGUGCAUUUUCAUUUAACACUCUGGGAAAUAAUAUAUUUAUUAGUGUUGAGCAGGUUCUUGUAUCUUCAAAGUCUUUUUAUUUUUUGCCACAGGACACCAUCACACAUCUUGAUUAUAGAGCAAAGGAAACUAAAUUCUUUAUUAUGUCACAAGUUGUGCUCCCUGGAAUUUCCUGUGUGUCUUGUGAUUACAUAACCUUUAGACUGCAUCUGAUCUCAUUUUUAUCUUCUAUGGGGUGUAUGCACUUAACAGGGAGUUGUGGGCCAAUUUGCACAGUUUUUACCUCUUUCUGUAGACCGCCAAUAGAGCUGGAGUUAAUCCUGAAAAGUAAUUAUUGCAGUUUGUUAAAACAUUUUUAAAAAUUAUCUUUGCAGGGUUGUGGGACCUGGGACACUGCACCCAGACCACUUCAACGAGCUGAAGUGGUCUCGGUGCCUAUAGUGUCCCGCAAUAUGCCAAGGUGGGUAUUCUCUGCUUUGGUUGAGUGAAGGACUGUUGUCAGUUUCAUGCAUCUUAAUGGCAGCUGGAGUUCAUGGGUGCGUUCUUGCUUAAAAAAAAAAAACAAAAAAAACCACCACUAAAACAUUUAACCCUUUAAAGUUAAUCUGUAACUAGUCUCCAAGUCUGUUUACAACUUUCAAAUAUAUAAAUAAUUGUAAUUCAUAUAUUUAGCAUAUAUAAAUAUUCUGCUGUGCUGUACAAUUGGCAAACACUAAACUCUAACAAAACACAAUUGACAUGCAGGAACAGUAGGUAAAGAUGCCCUGCCCAAACGAGCACACAGCCCCCCCCCCCACCCCAAGAAAGUUUACUACAUGUGUAUAAAAUAUAUAGAGAUGUCCCAUAAUAACAAUCAUGCCUCUAUGUAAUUUAGAAUUUCUCUUUUUACCGUUCUAGGUGGCGCUGUGGGUGGUUUAGUAGGUGCCUGGAUGACCAGCGGGCAGUUCCAGCCCAUACCUCAGAUUCUAAUGGAGCUCCCGCCUGUAAAGCAGCAAGACCUCUGUGAUCGUGUUUUUGCAAUAAUUCGAAAUCUGGACUGGACUGAUGCCACACAACUGAUCAUGUUAGUCAGUGGCAAUGCCGCUUUGCAACAGAAGGUGGCAGCAUUGCUCAUAAACUACGUGACUCAGGAGCUGCGAGCCGAAAUUCAGUAUGGGGAUUAG